CUCUCUGCGCCAUCGUCGCGCUCUUGGGAUGCAACGCAGUGCAGCGGCCUCAUGCUCCAAGUAUUGCGCAUGGAUGACGCCCGACUCUUGGCCAACUUUUCCGUCGCUGGGCUCCCACAUUUCACGGAGAUUUAGGUCUGGAGCCAGUCGACGAACAACUAUCCGUUACACGAACCCUUCCCACUUGUCGAGGAACGCACUCUCGCAUGCCAUUGCACCACCGCCUCCUAAAGUCGACAUUGUUUCCAUCGCCAGACGCCUGACACCAGAAAGACCCGAGGCCAUUCUCCAAUUCUUCGAGAAACAUGUUGCAGAUUGGGCAGCAUCUAAACGGGUCGCAGACCGGCUCGCUCUCUUUGGCGUGCCCCACGAACACAUACCGACAGUUCUGCUCGUCUUCACUCAAGCGGUCGCCAGCAAGAAGCUGUCCACACGGAACGGAUACAUCGACUAUUCCCUUGAGCGUUUUGGUCGCAUGUCCCCAGAUGAUGAUGAGCGACAAUAUUUCGACAUGGUCUACAACAUCGUCCUCUACACCUGGGUAUCUGACCCUUCGAACCAGGCUUAUCUCGAGUCACAGAACAUCCCCACUUCCGUCAUUCACAGUAUGCGUGCUCUUUCAGAUGCGACUUCCCGCCCGCAUCCCGGAGAUCAUUAUCCCUUUGCCAGGGGACUUCGUCGCAAAUUUAUCAUGCAUGUCGGCCCUACCAACAGUGGUAAAACACAUCACGCACUUCGGGCCCUGGCUGCUGCACCCACCGGAAUCUACGCAGGACCUUUACGGCUACUCGCCCAAGAGAUUUGGGAGCGUCUGAAUCUCGGUCAGAUCGUUCCGGCAGGGACAGAGGAAGGGCACGUUCCGGAACCACCAUCACCACGAGCAGACUCGGCUUUUGAUGUCAGUCCCGAAAAACCAUCGUUAACCAAACUCGGAAAUCCCAAGUACGCCAGGGAGUGUAACAUGGUCACUGGGGAGGAGGUCAAGAUCGUCAAUGAGAAUGCCUCGCUCUACAGUUGUACUGUUGAGAUGAUCAAGCCAAACAUACUUUACGACGUUGCGGUCGUCGACGAGAUCCAGAUGAUUGGAGAUGCAGAACGAGGAUUUGCAUGGACGGAAGCUGUACUCGGUCUCAACGCACGAGAGAUUCAUUUGUGUGGAGAGGAAACCGCAGUGCCUAUCAUCGAGGCCAUGGUCAAAGAAACGAACGACGAUCUCGUUGUGAAACGUUACGAGCGGCUUACACCAUUGGAAGUCGAGAAGCAGAGUUUGCAGGGCGACCUCAGCAAGGUCAGAAAAGGUGACUGUAUCGUUGCCUUUUCUCGGCGGUCCAUCUUCCAGAUGAAGCGGGACGUGGAGAAGUUGGGGAUGAGCUGCGCUACUGUCUACGGUAGACUACCACCGGAGGUUCGCAGCGAGCAGGCAGAUCUGUUCAACGAUGCCGGGAGUGCAUUCGAUGUCCUCAUUGGAAGCGAUGCUAUUGGCAUGGGCCUGAACUUGAAAAUCCGACGUAUAAUAUUCUCGGACGUGCAGAAAUAUCACCAGGACACCGUCAAAUAUCUUUCCAUAUCUGCCACGAAGCAAAUCGCUGGACGUGCGGGACGGUUCGGCUUGCACGGGUCAGAAGUGCCCGGAGGGUUGGUGACGACUCUCAAUGAAGCACACCUUCCAUUCCUCACACGGACGAUGAAACUCUCCAUACCAUCUCUGAAAACUGCUCGCAUCACACCCUCAUAUCCAUCGCUCGUCGCCACAGUGAGUGCUCUGCCCCUUCAUUCCGCCAUGAACACCAUAUACCUAGCCCACGCAUACACAUCGAAGCUCUCCCCUACUUACCGAUACGUCUACGGCAGUGCCACCAGGCUCUCCACCAACUACCUAGACGCGUACAUCCAGGGCGCCUCGCUGACCGAUUUCGAUGUCAUGCUCGCCGCCCCCAUCCCAUGGCGCGACCAGGAAUGCCUCUCAUUCGUCGAGCGACUCCUGACUCUCUUUAGCACCCAAGGUGUCGCCAGACUCGAAGAGUGCAUGGAGGAGACCCCGUUCAUGUCCACACUAGAAAAGGUCGAAAACAGGAACGUCUCAACGAAUGAGGACCUGUUGCUCUUGGAGACGUUCCACAAGAUGCUCGGGCUCUACACGUGGUUGAGCUAUCGCCGGCCUGUGGCGUUUCCUGACCAGUCGAAGGCGGCGGAGCUGAAGCCGCGGGUGCAGGCGGGUAUCGAGACCGCAUUGGAUUGGAUGAGCGCUACUAAGAGGGCGAGAAAUAAUGUGCCGAGGAGGAAGGUGGUUGAUUAUAGUCCUGUUAAACCGACGGGAGGGGCGAGGGUGAAUAAAAGAGCGAAGCUAUUUGCUCAGUAUACUGCGAAGUAUGCGUAAUGGAUCUUUGAUGCUGUAUAAUAGUAGUACGUUAUUACAGGAGCUAAGUACAGUAUAGCGACAUUGGUUAGACUGGCACUACACUUGAGUGUCUUCGCAGCUUUGGGUCAAGUUCAACCGUAUCGCGGUGCAAAUCAAAGGGCCACACAAUUAUACAGAUAUCGGAAUACAUCAAGG